AACAAUAUCUGGGAUCCAUCAAGAUGAAAGGAUCUAUAUAUAAUGUACAUGUACUCAUUAAUGAGUGAAGGAUCAAAAGGUGGGACGGUGGCCAAGAAGCAAUGGAGAAUAAAAGCUUAGAAGGCUCGCCAUCAGAUCUAAAGUUAGUGGCUCAUCCAAGAGCAAAGAGUAAAGUAUGGAAGUACUUUGGGUUUGAUACUAAUGCAGAAGGAUGCAUAUUACAGUGGAAGAAAAUCUAUUGCCGCAUCUGCAUGGCCCAAAUUGCCUAUUCAGGAAACACGUCCAACCUUUCAUACCACCUUGAGAAAAAUCAUCCUGAUGAGUUCUGCGAAUUUGUGAAAAGUAACACUGAGCAAAUGAGGGAAGCGUUCGCUACUGCAUUUUCAAAACUGAAGCCAGAAUCAUCACAGCAGGUUGUUCAAGACACUUUAAUUAUGAAGACCAGCCACAAUUAUGAAAACAAAAAGCAUCAAGAAUUGACUGCUGCUGUGAUUAGCCUAAUUUGUGAGGGCAUGUAUCCUUCCUCUAUUGUUGAUGAACCCACAUUCAAGGCACUUUUGAGAACAGCUGAUCCUAGAUAUGAACUUCCUAGCAGGAAAUAUUUCUGCACAAAAGCAAUUCCCGAAAAAUACAAUGCUAUUAGAGAAAUUGUGUUAAAAGAACUUACUGAAAUUCUAUGGUGUGGCAUAUCCACUGAUAUGUGGAGAAGUGAAAACCAGAAUAGAUCGUAUGUAACACUCGCAGUUCAUUUUCUGAACAGUAGCCCUUCUAACUGUCUGGCUGUUAACUCCCGGUGUUUAAAAACAUUUGAAGUGCCAGAGGAAAAUACUGCAGAGACUAUUACACGAGUCCUCUAUGAAAUCUUUAUUGAAUGGGGGAUCAAUACAAAAGUCUUUGGUGCUACAACAGAUUAUGGUAAAGACAUUGUGAAAGCUUGCUCUCUCCUAGAUAUUCCAGUACAAAUGCCUUGUUUGGGGCAGACUUUUAAUGCAGGAAUACAACAAGCUUUUCAGCUUCCAAAACUGUGCAGCCUCCUUGCCAGGUGCCGAAAACUGGUGGAAUAUUUUCAGCAAUCCACGGUCGCAAUGUACAUGUUAAGUGAGAAGCAGAAGCAACAAAAUAUUCUCCACUGUAUGCUUGUAAGUGAUCGUGUUUCCUGGUGGGGAAGCACACUUGCCAUGUUGCAACGUCUUAAAGAACAGCAGUUUGUAAUUGCAGCAGUUCUUGUGGAGGACAGCAAUAACCACCAUCUGAUGCUGGAAGCCAGUGAAUGGAAUACAAUUGAAGGCCUGGUGGACCUACUUCAACCCUUUAAGCAGGUUGCUGAGAUGAUGUCUGCUUCAAAAUAUCCAACAAUAAGUAUGGUGAAACCCCUCCUCCACAUGCUUCUAAAUACCACAUUGAACAUCAAAGAGAAUGAUUUGAAAGAAAUUAGCAUGGCCAAGGAAGUGAUAGCCAAAGAGUUAUCAACAACAUACCAGCAUACACCUGAGAUAGACAUGUUUCUCAAUGUUGCAACUUUUCUGGACCCUAGGUACAAAAAACUACCUUUCCUUUCAGCAUUUGAACGGCAACAGGUAGAAAACAGAGUGGUGGAGGAAGCAAAAAGCCUUUUGGAAAAAGUAAAAGAAAACACUUUCAGACCUGAAGAAAAGUUCUUUACAGUGUCAGAAGAGCCACCUGUGAAAAAAAUAAUCAUCUCCUCUACUCCUCCCCCUACCAGCGCAAUCAAUAACAUGCUUGCGGAAAUCUUUUGCCAGACAGGAGGGGUGGAAGACCAAGAGGAAUGGCAUGCUCAGAUUGUUGAGGAAUUGAGCAACUUUAAGUCACAAAAGGUUCUUGGUCUAAAUGAAGACCCCCUUAAGUGGUGGUCUGACAGACUAGCAUUAUUUCCUGUUUUACCAAAGGUACUUCAGAAAUAUUGGUGUAUUCUAGCCACAAGAGUCUUCCCUGAACGCCUUUUUGGUUCCUCUGCUAAUGUUGUAAGUGCUAAGAGAAGCCGGUUAGCCCCAGCUCAUGUUGAUGAGCAGAUCUUUUUGUACGAAAACACUCGCAAUGUGUCUGAAGCAGAACCUGAAGAUGAGGAUGAAGGCGAGUGGGGCUUGGAACAGGAACAGAUUUUUAAUUUAAAUGACACAGUAAAUGUGAGCAGCAAUUUCUUUAAUAUCCGAGACAGUGGGUUCAUUUAACAGGAAUACAUGGUACAUUAAAUAACAAAGAAAAGGUAUUUGUCUUAAGUUACCAAAAUUGUUCUGUUUGAUGCUAUGAGUACUGUAAAUAUUGAACAAGCGUAAAGACUUGGUUUAAGCUUCUAUUGUAUAUGUCUUGCCCACUAUCUUAAAACAUGAAUAACUUGUGAUUAUAUAGCACUGAAAUGAACAAGGAAGUAAUUCUGCAAAGACCAUAACUCCUGACUCUGGCCCCAAUUUCAAGAAAGCACUUAUGCAUGUGUUUAAUUCCCGUGUACUUCAGUGGGACUUGAAUGUGCUUAAGUGCUUUCUGUAAUAGGAAUGUUUUCUGAAUUUGAACUCUAAACAGAGAAGUUUUAAAGAUGUACAAAUCCACUUCUGAAGCCAACAUAGGUUAGGAUUUCAAAGUUUAAAUUCCUAAAUUUAAAGUUGAUUUAAAAAUCCAUAAGUCAGAUCUUCAGAGACUCUUACAAAAUUAUUAGGAAGAAACUAGUCAAUAAAUAACUUUGAGCCUGAUUUUUUCACUACCUCAUACUUUUGGCCUCGUCUACACUACAAGUUCUACUGGUAUAACUACAUCAAUUAGGGGUGUGAUUUUUGUAUUGACAUACAGGUAUAGGCUCUAGUGUGGAUGCAAUUAUACUGAUAUAGCUUUUUUGCUUCCCAAACCACAAUAAGCUAUAUUGGUAUAAGCACUUUUAUGCCAGUAUAACUGCGUCCACACUGGGGGACAUUUUGUCACUUAGUCAUACUAGUAUAGUUAAAGUGGUAAAACUUUCUAGUGUAGACCAGUCCUGAUGUCACCCUUACAUUUAUACUAAGUAGGUGGAAAUAACAACCACAUCAGAAUUGUGGCAUUUUACACCCACUUCGUGUGAGUCUAAGUCAGUGGUUCUCAAACUUUUGUACUGGGGACCCCUUUCACACAGCAAGCCUCUGAGUGCGACCCUCCUUAUAAAUUAAAAACACUU